AUGUCAUCUAAGGAUCGGAUCCCUAUUUUCCCAUCGCGAGGCGCCCAAAUGCAAAUGAAGGCUCGCCUUGCAGGUGCCCACAAGGGUCACGGGCUUUUAAAGAAGAAGGCAGAUGCGCUCCAGAUGCGUUUCAGAAUGAUUUUAAGUAAAAUUAUCGAGACUAAGACAUUGAUGGGUGAAGUAAUGAAAGAAGCGGCUUUCUCACUAGCAGAGGCGAAAUUUGCUUCGGGUGAUUUCAACCAAGUCGUAUUACAAAACGUCACCAAGGCCCAAAUCAAGAUUCGUACCAAAAAGGAUAACGUUGCUGGAGUUACGCUGCCAGUUUUCGAAUCUUAUCAAGAUGGUUCGGACACCUACGAACUGACCGGUUUGGCAAAGGGAGGACAACAGCUCCAAAAAUUGAAAAAGAACUACCAAAGCGCUGUUAAGUUGCUAGUAGAGUUGGCAUCGCUUCAAACGUCGUUCGUUACAUUAGACGAGGUCAUCAAAAUCACCAAUCGUCGUGUAAAUGCAAUCGAGCAUGUUAUUAUACCUAGAAUCGACCGCACACUGGCAUACAUCAUCUCAGAGCUGGAUGAAUUGGAACGCGAAGAAUUCUAUCGUUUGAAGAAGAUUCAGGACAAGAAACGUAUCGCCAAGAAGAAAGCGGAAGAAAAACGGGCAGCUCUGUUGCAAGAAGGCAUAGAUGUGCGCAACCAAGCAAACAUCUUAGACGAAGGCGACGAUGAUAUUCUGUUCUAA